ACACUUAAAAUCUAUCGUUCUUCUCUACAAUCAAAUUCAGGCUUCAGCAGCAAAAGUUACAAUGGCGGUAAGCGUUUAUAGAUGUUGUGGAUGAAAUUAUAUAAGCUCGAUCAUAGAAAUGAGAGUGCAUAUGGAUUGUGCUGGAUGCGAGAGCAAGGUGAAAAAUGCUCUGGAGAAAGUCAAAGGCGUAGAUGACAUAGAUAUAGAUAUGGGGUUGCAAAAGGUGACAGUCACAGGAUGGGCUGACCAAAAGAAGGUUCUAAAGACAGUUCGCAAGACAGGAAGAAGGGCUGAGCUCUGGCAAUUACCUUACAAUCCACAGCAUCAUAGCUAUUCUGACCAUUACUACAACCAACACCAAGUUAACGGUCCACUUACUUACUAUGCUCCUCAGCCUUCCUCUUCUUACAAUUACUACAAGCAUGGAUACGAUAGCAACGAUCAUGGUUAUUAUCAUCAUCCUGUGCAUUCCUCCAUCUUUAACCACCAGACAGGAGCAGUUUUCAGUGAUGAAAACCCUCAUGGUUGUUCUAUAAUGUGAACAACGUAGUAUAUAUUAUUCUUACUGUAUAUGUACUUGUACUGCUUUGUUUUUCAUGCACUAAUUUCCUUUUCACUUCAUGUUUUGCUAAACCUUGUUCUCAUGAAGCUAUAAAAUAUAGAAAAGAAAUGCC